AUCGAAUCGAACGAAGAUCACCAUAAGCGGUAUCUUCUACAUCCCGCGAAAAUCGAAUUCGAUCAGAUGUUAAGACUCCUUCAGUACACCCUCCAUCGUGCACCACUACUGAACUUGCGCACAAGGAACAUAUACGUAAUGUAUGAGCUGCACGACUCGAACCAGUCACAUUCUCCCCCUGCCAAACGACCUAUCACCAAAGUGCCAGCAGGGAGCUCAGAGCACUUCAAACGCGCGAAGAUCGAACACGAGGAGCCCGAGAAGAUACUACAUCCAUCCGAACACGCAGAGAGCCCCUCCGACACUCCCGCCGCCGAUACGAAGCGGGGCAAGCGGGAUGCAGCAGGCUGGGCGAAAUCCAGGCGAGGGAAGGCGAAAGACACGAAGAACAAGGGGCGUAGGCGAGGGACGCGUGAUCAGGAGAAGGAGGGUGAGAGAGAGGGUGAGGAGCAAAGCCCUCGGGCCCCCCGCUUGCCUAAGAGACAAAGCGCGUUGCUUAUCGGGUUCUGCGGGACGGGGUGCAAUGGAAUGCAAAUACAACCCGACGUGCGGACGAUCGAAGGUGUCCUGUUCGACGCACUCGUGCGUGCUGGCGCAGUUUCAUCAGACAACGCGGACGACCCCGUGAAGGUAAAUCUAGGGCGCGCAGCUCGCACCGAUGCAGGAGUUCACGCGGCUGGCAACCUGGUGUCUAUGAAACUGAUCACCGCGAUUCCUGGGGUGGAAGACUUCGUGGCACGUAUAAAUGAAGAACUCCCACCAGAGAUUCGUGUUUGGGGCUCAGUUCGCGUGCAAAACUCGUUCAAUGCUCGCAUGUCUUGCGACAGCCGCAAGUAUACCUACUUCUUCCCCUCAUACCUCCUUAUCCCUCCAAAGCCGGGAUCCGGAUUUCAGCGUGCAUAUGAACAGCAUGCACAGUCCAUGCAGGGUGUCAUCCCUCUUGAUGCUUCCGCUCACCCCUUCUGGAGUGCACCUGAAUCUCGUUGUUCCAGCUCUAUGGAUGAUCUCGUACGCAAGCGCUCAUGGAGGAUCAGUGCAGAGCAGGUAGAGGUCAUCCGUCAAACCGCAAAAAAGUUCGAAGGGACGCAUAACUUCCAUAAUUUUACUGUUGGACGCGAGUUCGGAGAUCGUAGUAACCAGCGGCAUAUGUGGAAGCUUGAGAUAUCUGAUCCUGCGGUCUAUGGAGACACCGAGUGGAUAAGUAUCCUCUUCCAUGGGCAGAGCUUUAUGUUGCAUCAGCGCAAAAUGAUGACCGCUCUUGUCUUGUCUUGUAGGACAGGUACACCGAGUCAAGUCAUCGACGAGCUAUACGGGCCGCGCAUAGUCAUGGUCCCAAAGAUGCCUGCUCUUGGUCUCUUGCUGGAGUACCCAAUAUUUGAUUCAUAUAACAAGAAGAUCACUUCGAUCAACGAGAAACUCGAGCCUUCUCAUCCAGAGUACCGACCCGAAAUUGAUUUCGAACAACAUCGACAGUCUAUCGAUGCAUUCAAACAGAUCUAUAUUUACGACAAUAUGCGGGGCAUUGAGGACCGUGACGGGGUCUUUGAUGCCUGGGUGCGAUCUAUCGACACGUAUGGAGGUGAUGAUUUGCUGUAUUUGAAUCCGAAAGGUAUCAUUCCCGCCGCUGCCGUCAUAAAGAAGGGAGAAAAGAGAGACAAUCCAUUCAAGGAGAAAAGAAGGUUUGAUCUGACGAGUUUCCCUGAUAAACAAGGAACCCCGACUGUAGAAGACGACGAGGAGACUGAGAGCAAACUGAACAAAUCUCACCUGGAGGACAUGGAAGGCUGACUAGUAGUUCGCCAUUGUGUUUCCUAUCUUUGAUUCUUAUAUCAUUUAUAAGUUUGCACAAUUGGUAUCUCAAGGACGCAAAAAGCGAGGGCCAGCCGCGGGGAAUAUUAUGCGAGGUGCACGCGGUGGCGGCAAAUUGGCUAAAAAUUCCAGUGAAAGAAGAGUUGGGGCAUUUAGAGUUGCC